GAUGUUCAACCGCGCCGUGAGCCGGCUGAGCAGGAAGCGGCCGCCGUCAGACAUCCACGACAGUGAUGGUAGUUCCAGCAGCAGCCACCAGAGCCUCAAGAGCACAGCCAAAUGGGCAGCUUCCCUGGAGAAUCUGCUGGAAGACCCAGAAGGCGUGAAAAGAUUUAGGGAAUUUUUAAAAAAGGAAUUCAGUGAAGAAAAUGUUUUGUUUUGGCUAGCAUGUGAAGAUUUUAAGAAAACACAAGAUAAGAAGCAGAUGCAGGAAAAGGCAAAGGAGAUCUACAUGACUUUUCUGUCCAGUAAGGCCUCAUCACAAGUCAACGUGGAGGGACAGUCUCGGCUCAAUGAAAAGAUCCUGGAAGAACCACACCCUCUGAUGUUCCAGAAACUCCAGGACCAGAUCUUCAAUCUCAUGAAGUAUGACAGCUACAGCCGCUUCUUAAAGUCUGACUUGUUUUUAAAACACAAGCGUACCGAGGAAGAGGAAGACGAUCCGCCUGAUGCUCAGACUGCAGCUAAAAGAGCUUCCAGAAUUUAUAACACAUGAGCCUCCAAAGAGCCAGGACUGGCAGCUUUAAGAAGCAAAGGAACUUACUC